CUAUCUUACACGCAUUUAGCGUUAUUGAGCAACAGACGGGUGUAUGAGCUGUAAUGGUGAUUUUUUUCAAUCAAUGCUUAAUUUUUUACGAAGAGCGAGGACGUUAAAAGGCUGUAACGUUUUCAGUGUGAGUGUGCAGUCCGCCUUGCCAAGGUAGGAGAGGCACCAGGGACCAUGAGUGAGAAUGGCCCUCAUACAGAGGCGCCUAUGUACUUCGAGGUGGAGGUGGAUCCUCUAGCACGAGAUGACGAUGAAGAGGACGACAAGAUCCACUAUGACAAAGAUGAUGACCUGAUUCCUGAGCCUUCGUCGUCCUCUGGGCGGGUUUAUGACCGCACAACAGUGCUUAUUGAGCGGGACCCCAUCCGCUUGGAUGAAGAGGGCGAAGAGGAGGGUCACUGUGGAGGGGAUGAAGAUGGAGUCACCUUUCUCACUGAAGGGGAAGGUGAUGGAGAUGAGGAGGAGGGCUCUCUGGCCUUUAUGAAUGACCCUGAUGGUAUGUCACAGGGUUAUGUGCAUCACACCAUUUCUCCAGAUCAGAUUCAGUUCACGAUAAAUCCAGGGUCCACCCCUAUGCCACGCAACAUUGAGGGGGCCACCCUCACCCUGCACUCUGAGUGUCCUGAGACCAAGCAGAGAGAGGUGAAGCGCUACCAGUGCAUGUUUGAAGGCUGCACGAGGACUUACAGUACAGCUGGGAAUCUGCGGACACACCAGAAGACUCACCGGGGCGAAUACACAUUCGUGUGCAAUCAGCAGGGCUGUGGAAAAGCCUUCCUCACAUCAUACAGCCUCAAGAUCCAUGUCCGUGUUCACACCAAGGAGAAGCCUUUUGAAUGUGAUGUUCAGGGCUGUGAGAAAGCCUUCAACACAUUAUACAGGCUAAAAGCACACCAGAGGCUUCACACAGGCAAGACAUUCAACUGUGAAUCAGAGGGAUGCACAAAGUUCUUCACCACACUCAGCGACCUGAGGAAGCACAUUCGCACUCACACUGGGGAGAAGCCAUUCCGGUGUGACCAUGAUGGUUGUGGCAAAGCAUUUGCUGCAAGUCAUCACCUAAAAACACAUGUACGGACGCACACAGGGGAGAAGCCAUUUAACUGUCCCAGUGACGGCUGUGAGAAGACUUUUAGCAGCCAGUACAGUCUGAAGAGUCAUAUCCGGGGCCACGACAAAGGACAGGCGUUCAGCGUCACCCUCACCCAUCCUCUCUCUGAAGAUGCAAAUCACUCGCUGUGCCUCAGUGACUUGAGUCUCAUCUCUACUGACUCAGAGCUACGAGAGAACAUCAAUAAUGCUCAAAAUUUGGACCUCAACAAUGUCACUCCUGUGAAAAUCUUUGAGCUCAUGUUCCAGAGUCCUGAAAACAGUGUCAGCCAAGAUGAUGCCCAUCCCAAUGAGAGCCUUGCUGAACACUUCAGCCUUGAGACUCCUACCCAACCUGGAGUGACUGAUGCCUCAUCUAUCAUCUCUUUCACUUUUAAUCCUACCUCCUCAUCUCCCUCUUCCCACACAACUGCAGUGAUGGAGGCUCCUUCCCGGCUCAGUCAGAGCUCUCCUCCUCAGGCCUCCACCCCUGCUGCAGCCACUGCUACCAUCAGCUCCAAACAGCCUCCCCCAUUCAUGCAACUAACUGGGCCUCAGCAAAUCUCCGAAGUACCUGCUCAGGCUUCUGUCCAAGCACCAAAACAUGCCACCCCCCAGCAAUACGUUGCACUGCCACCCACAUUCCUGCAGCCAAACAAUACUGCCCAGACUACUUCUCUUCCCCAACCCAUCUCUGCUCCUCCUCCACCUACUCCAGUGGCUCCAGCACUUAACACCACAGCACCAGGAGCUGCUCCUGUGCCUGUUGUUGCACCUGCUGCAACAGAUGCUCUGGCAGCUGUGGCUCAACCUGUGCCUUUGGCCAACAACCCUGUCCCUAACUCUGGCCCUGCUCUGCCUCCUACCCCUGCCACCAUCACCAUAGCUCCCACCCAGAACCUGCUGCAGCCCAGCCUGGUCAUGUCUGACCAGAACCUGCAGUGGAUCCUCAGCAGUGCAGCCAACAGCCAGCAGAACCCAGAGCAGGCGGCACAUCAAGGAGCUCCCAAAGUGGAAAAGGUUUUCUUCACUACAGCCAUACCAGUGGGAGGAAAUGCUGGCAACUCGGUCCAACAGAUCGGCCUCAGCCUUCCUGUCAUCAUCAUCAAACAGGAGGAGUCCUGUCAGUGCCAGUGUGCCUGCAGGGACUCUGCUAAGGACAAGAGUUCAAAGAGUGCCUCCUCCAACAUUUCAGCCCCAGCACAGCCUCCGUCACAGCCCCCUCCUCCUCCACCGUCAGAACCUCCACAGAAUCCCUCCACCUCCUCUUCCUCUUGCUGCCUUCCUGAGUCUUCCUCCAAGGUUGGUGAGGUGAGGCUGGAGGACCCCUCUUCUUCUUCCUCUUCCUCCUUAGCUCAGACUAGCUCCACAAUAGUGAGCAGCACUGCCUGUAACCCUCCCUCAUCUGACGGGUUAUCCAAUAUGGAUGUCUCAGACUUCCUCUCUCUGCAGAGCCCUGACACAGCUGCCAACAUUGAGGCUCUGCUGCUUGUCGCUGAGGACUUCAACAUGGCCACUGACGGCAAUCCUUAGAAGAGCUGCCUUUUGAGUCUAGCACCAUGGGUUUUUUCUGGUUUUUCCUCGCAUCUACAGACAUCAAAUCCACCCACACCUCCAGUCAUUCUCCACAGUGACACCUCUUUUUUCUCCCUAUAUAGUGUGUGCAUUGAAGCCCUUGUUCCUGCAGUGCAUUCUGUUCUGUAUCGCAUUGUGUAACAUAUAUACACAGCCUAUGAAUAACUUUCUGUUGCAGUAGUUGAGUUUUUGGAAAUGGGAUUAGUAUGCUCUUUGAGAUUUAGCAAUGUUAAAGCUGUUUAAAGCAGGGAAAAAACAGUGGAUCCUUUGUUAGAAACAAAAUCAAUCUGUAUAUAUUAACCCACGAUAUCCACUCUGAAUUAAUCAACUGAAACAAAUGAGUGUUGUCCAAGCACUGAUAACUUCAAGAGAAAACUUUCCUGGCUUUAAGGUCGCACACACCUGAGCAGGAAAACAAAUGUGUCUGUAUAUCCUUGUACUGUACUACAGGUCCUAACAAAGGCAUAAAGCUGGUAAAGACGACCAGAUUGCACUGUAUAUUAGGGGAAUUUACGAUAAUUUUAAGAAUUGCUCCCAGUAGGAAUCUAAAGAGGUCGGCCUCAUAGCCCCUUAUGACUGUCAUAAUAUGAAGUGAUAUCCUUGUUAUUUUAGGGAGCAAUCAGUCCAGAAAAUGUGAUGACUUUUAUUCUUCUUCUUUGACAGUUAUGUAUGAAUCAAGAAGAGACCUGUGACACGAUCUGCCUGUCUUUGUAAGUCAAAGACCUCAAAUGAGUUGCCUUUAACUUAAACUAAUUUAAAUUGUUCGUGUUAAUUUAUUUAAUGUUUGAUUCUUUAAUUCUGGUAAUAUUAUCUUCAAGAUAACAGAGAAAUCUAUCAUUAAUUUAUUCCAAUCAUUUGUUGUAUUUUAAGUUUUUGUUACUGAUUUUGCUUUUAUUUCUUAAGAACAUAAAAGCAAGUUUGAGAAAAAGUCACCUUUAGUUGACUGCACAGUGAAGAAAAUUAUCCUCAAGGAUCUGCUUGUUUGUGUAAAUUCCCCACAACCAAACCAUAAGGAACUACUGUCAUCAUCCCAUGUUUUAUAGGGUGUCCACCCUCUCAGGGAUGCAUCAAGUCAUAAAUGAUCCUGACUCCUUUAA